AUGCGAUCCUUUGGCUGUGUCAACUUGUUCAAGAUGGGCCAGACGGUGGUUGUACAGGCUUGGGCCCACGAACUGCGAGGAAACACGUAUGCUUUCUUCAACGAGAGACAGAAGACGGCCAAAGAACUAACUAUUGUCGGUCCUCGUGCUGUAAUUCUACAAAUUGCGUCGCAGACUGGAAACAUUCACGAAGAUCCGUCAAUCAGCUUGUCGGCAUAUGCGGCAUCGUACAACAAUUCAGCUAUGUUGGAUGGCGACACGGCGGUGCAGCAGGUCACCCCAAUUGUGUCUGGCAGGAAGAAGACGACAAGCGGAUGGAUACAAGACGAAGGCUUUCUGUUCAGAGCACGACCGCAUGCGAUAAAGAAAAGCGACUGGCGAUAUAAAGACUACUAA